UGUAAGGGACCAAAUCAGUCAAUGUUUCGAAAUAUCCAGUUUUUAGCAGUGACACCGUCCGAUUAGAUUCCUAAAUUUUUCCUUUAUUAUCGGCAGGAAGCGUAGUUUGAACUUUCCGUUGGUGGGGUAAGGUCAUCAAAAUUCAGAAAUCAAGCAAGGAUUUUUCGACGAUGAAGGAAUCAGUAUCAUUUUCAUCAGUCUAGCUAUAGUUCCGAAAAAGUAUCCAUUUAGAUUUUACUGCUUGUUAGCCGGGAACAACCGAUAAUGGUGGGGGGAACAUGGGGGAAACUGGCGGCGGCGGCGGGAGUAAUCAUUGGGCUGAGAGCUGUCGGGAAACAGCUGGGGAUUGUGGGAUUAGGGUGGGACAACGACGCUGCUCUUCAAUGGUUCCGGGACAUUUCUGAUCGGUUGGGGAUUUGGGCUAUGCCGGCCUAUAUUGGCGUCCACACUCUCACUUUAGCGCUGUGUCUGCCGUACGCGGUGUUUUUCGAGGCCGGCGCGUCGAUGCUUUUCGGAUUCGUCCCCGCCGUCUUAUGUGUCUUUUCUGCCAAGAUCUUGGGGGCUUCGCUUUCUUUCUGGAUCGGCAGGUUUUUAUUCAGGAUUUCUAGCUCAACUUCUGACUGGGCUCGCAAGAAUAAGUACUUCAAUCUGCUCUCCCACGGGGUUGCACAAGAUGGAUGGAAAUUUGUCCUUCUAGCCCGAUUCUCACCUAUCCCAUCAUAUGUCAUUAACUAUGCAUUGGCUGCAACAGAGGUACGGUUCCUUGUGGAUUUCCUGCUCCCGACAGUCAUUGGUUGUCUCCCCAUGAUACUUCAAAAUACAUCCAUUGGCAGUCUUGCCAGUGUUGCCGUAUCUUCUGCAUCAUCAUCGGGCUCGCCAUCCUCUGCCACCAAGAAAUCUCAAAUUUGGUCCUAUCUUCUCCCUUUGCUUGGGAUAGUUUCGAGCGUUCUCAUAUCUAUGAGGAUCAAAAAGUAUUCCAGUAAUAUCUUAGCUUCUGAAACUUCUUCUGCAUCCAAGGAUUCGGAUGGAAGUACCCGAAGGCCUUCUAAGAUCAAAAGCAAGUGAAUGGUUCAGGUUUCCAACAUUUCGUUUGAAUAUUAGAAUAAUAGGGUAGUCCUACUUCUUGUCUUAGCUCAUUUGGUUCGAUGAUGAUACAUGAUAGAUUCUUGUGUUCGUGAAAAUUUUGUUACCCAUGAACAUCAAGAAACCAUCAUCAUUUGUUGUGUUAAAGGUUCGAGUUGGUUUAGUUUCACGGAAAUGAAAUUACAGAAUCCAUCCUCUGAUUUAAUUUACCGUCUCUUGAACCUUUUAAGUAUACUUUUCCAAUGAAUAAAAUAACAAAAUAAUAUUGUUCUAUAAUCCUUGC